UGAUCCCGUGCACUACAGAGAGCCGCAGCUCCGCACGCGCGAGGAGUGGAGAGAAAGAGAGAGAGAGGAGAGAGAGAGGAGAGAGAGUGAAACGAAGAGUUAGCGACCGGAGAAGAGCUGUUCUGGUCUUCCAGCCGCAGUUUUUAAAACAAAUUUGAGCAAUAUUUUAUUUUUAUUUACUUAUUUUAAAUGAACUGUGAUGACGUUUUGGCUGAGUCUGUGAUAUUCGAGCUGGGGUUUGAAGUCCUGCGAAGGUCUCGAGAGGUUUCUUGGACUAAACUGUCCCGACCUUUAACCAAGCGCUGCAACUCUGCUGCCAUACUCCUUGCCGCUUCUUUGACCGGCACCCAAAUGUUUGUUUAUUUGUUUGUUUGUUUGUUUUUUGGUCAAAAAUCGUCAAGUCGUUGACUCACCCGUGUUUGGAUUGCCACUUUUGAGCAGACAGACCCCUUAAAACUGCUCGUUUCGCCUUUCUGUUUAUCUCCUUUCCCUCUGGAGCUGAAGGGGCAGUAGCGGCUUGGCUGUGUAAAACAAAACAAAAAAAAAAAGACGGGGGGAGGAUAGAGUCUUGCGACGGGAGGAGCUGUCCGGUGCUGAAAGCACGAGCCUGGACGUUAGGAAGUGUUUGUUGGGAGCUGUCCGCGUGCUGAAGACCAGCGGUUUAUUAGAACGAGACCAUAAUCUUUCUUUUAGAAGCAACGGAUUUAAGCACGGCACAGCACGAGGGACGUUUUUAACGGAGCAGCCAUACAGAAACUGACUUAUAUUCUUUUAUUUUUGAGCCUUUAGGACUCCACAGGUCUUCCAGUGGCAAGUUAACGGGAUGAAAACAGACCGCUUUCUCCAGGAGAUCCGGCUAUUACUUGCAGACAUAGCCUGUAUUUGACAAACCACAGCAAAAUAAAUAAUAAUAAUAAAUUAAUAUUAUGUGUGGUAAACAUGCAGAAGCACACGAGGAGAGCUCGGUUUCUUUGAUCUUUAAAAGCCAUGUCUCCACUUUUCCAAGCUGUUUGACGGAAGGGAGCAAGCGUAGCGUUAGUGGAUGAAUUAAAAAUAAAUAAAUAAAAUUACACGGUUAAAAUAAAAAUCAGCUGAUCGGGGUUUCAUAGGUUGUGAGUUUAGACUGAAGUGGGAUAGAAAAGCCUGUGUUUGUCGUGCAAGUGUAGGAGCCAUCAUGCCUCGGUCUUUCUUAGUGAAGAAAGUCAAGCUGGACGACUAUUCGGCUGCCGAGCUGGAGAGCUCGUAUGGUCACAGCCGAAGAGAAGAGCUCAGUCUGCGAUUCCAUCAUCAUGACAAAGGUUACGUCAGUGAUUAUUUGAGUCCUAAUCCGUACGACGAUGUGGUUGGAAGCGAUUCAUCAGUCAUCUCUAAAGUACCCUCCCCGAGCCACUCAUCAGUCAUCUAUGGCCGCAUCAACAACACAUAUUCUGGCAUCCAUGGUGAUAUCCAUGGCGAUUCGGACCAGCCUGACAGUCCCCGGUCCGAGGUUUCGUCAUCAGCCGGUGGAUACAUCAACGGCGACACAGCUGUGAGUGAAGGAUACAGCGUGGAUGCGUUUUUCAUCAUGGACGGACGAUCACGAAGGAAAACCACGGGAACCCUGAGGGGAGCUGCCCAGAGGCACACCUGCAGUGAGUGCGGUAAAACCUACGCCACGUCCUCCAAUCUGAGCCGGCACAAGCAGACGCACAGGAGCAUAGACAGCAAGAUGGCUAAGAAGUGCCCCACAUGUGGGAAAGUGUACGUCUCCAUGCCAGCCAUGGCUAUGCACCUCCUGACCCACGACCUCAAGCACAAGUGCGACGUGUGCGGCAAAGCGUUCAGCCGGCCGUGGCUGCUGCAGGGCCACAUGCGCUCGCACACGGGGGAGAAGCCGUUUGGGUGUGCGCACUGUGGCAAAGCGUUUGCUGACCGGUCUAACCUGCGCGCUCACAUGCAGACACACUCAGCCUUCAAGCACUAUAAGUGCAAACGAUGUAACAAGACGUUUGCUCUCAAGAGUUACCUGAACAAGCACUAUGAGUCGGCGUGCUUCAAGGGGGCGUUCUCCCCUCUGAGCUCCCUGGGAGAAUGACUGGGGUGGUUUUAAUUUAUUUACAUGCAAUUUUCCUGGCCUCAUUCCCUACUUUUAUUUCUUUCCCCCAAAAAGCAGAAUCUGAGUGUUACAAGGCAGGAGUGUUUUCUCUGCAAGAAUCACGAGGUAUAUGACAAAAAUAGAUUGAAGGCAUCCGUUCCUAUCAAGAACCCUCCAAUCUCUCCUUUGUUUUAUCUUCCCUCAUCCGCGAGUGGAGUGAAAAGUUUUCAAGGCCUAAUUUAGACUGUCACCUGCGUCGAUAAGUUACUUCCCGUUGAGGCUUUUUGAAAUAUCUGUGAAGAUAAAUAAAGCACAGCACAUCUAGCUCAUCAUUUUUGAAGAUACCUAGAUCUAUUUAUGUCCAUAUCUACCCUCAUCAUUCUGUUUUUUUUUUUGUUGUUGUUUUCCCAAUCCACGAGGAAAUGACACUAAAGCACAACUCAUCUCCAAUCUCCAAGCAUGAAUCACAUCAUCGGUUUUCUUCCAGUGAGAUUCAAUGAGCUUUCAAGUUUUAUGCGUUUCUAAAAACAGACCUUCAUAAUCUAAGGAUACAUGUGGUGUCCUGCUUUUACUGAGACCGACCUUGGACUGAGCUUACAAAGAUAAAGCAUCAAAACAAGGAAAGCACGCAGUGUUUCUCCUGUGCAAGUAAACAAGAUACUUGUAAUGAUAUUUAUUUAUACAACCGGACACCUGCAGUAUACAGUGUCUGUAUACGUGGCUUCUGACAUUACCACAAUGAACUGUGAAGAAAAGACGCACCUGUCACAAUGUGGUAGUACAGGCAGUACACCUGUGUGGUGAGAAAUGACGUAUUUUUAAAACUGUGGACAAAAGAGCUCUUUUCUUUACUUCUAAGUAAUGUUGGGAUAUGUGCUUACUUAACUGCAAACAGUGGACCGUUAUGAGUUCCAGUUCAGGAUCAGAUGGCUAAAAACUCCCACUGAGCCACCAGGGUAUUCCUUAACAGUUUUGCUAUAACCUAAAUCUGAUGUUAUUAUUAAUAUUAUUAUUAUUUUUUAAUUUGUCAGUGUUGGAUGGGGAUUGAGACAUUAAAAAUGUCCUGGAUUUCCUCAAAAGGUCAAACCUUUUUCCAGUGUUGUAUAAUAGUUUAUUUGGAUCAAGAAGCACAGCAUUCAUCUUUGAGGUUUUUAUCUUUUUUUAAAAAAAUGUGUCUAUUUAUGAUUUAUGUAUUUAUGUAUUUAUUUAUUUAUUUACAUAUGCAUUUACAUUUGUAUUGAUUUGCACUUUACUUGUUUGUUUUUUUUGCUUUUGUUACAAAUAUGCCAAAGCAUUUGACACUUUCUAAUUAAUGAAUAUCUUUUUACUUUUGUCAGCCACUUUAAUUAUUUAAACUAAUGCAUGCAAAAAAA